GUAUGAACGCUGCUGUGAGAGCCACAGUCAGAGUUGGUCUCUACACAGGAGCCAAAGUCUACUUUGUUCAUGAGGGCUACCAGGGUCUGGUGGAUGGAGGAGACAACAUUCGCCUCGCCACAUGGGAGAGUGUGUCCAUGAUGCUUCAGCUGGGAGGUACUGUGAUCGGCAGCGCCCGCUGCAAGGACUUCCGCGCCAGAGAGGGUCGUAUGAAGGCAGCCUGCAACCUGGUGAAGCUGGGCAUCACCAACCUGUGUGUGAUCGGAGGUGAUGGCAGUCUGACUGGAGCCGACGCGUUCAGGACUGAGUGGAGCGGGCUGCUGAGUGACCUCAUCCAAGCUGGUAAAAUAACAGAUGCAGAAGCCAAGACAUCUUCCCACCUGAACAUCGUGGGCAUGGUGGGCUCCAUCGACAACGACUUCUGUGGCACCGACAUGACCAUUGGCACUGACUCCGCCCUUCACCGCAUCAUCGAGGUGGUGGACGCCAUCACCACAACCGCACAGAGCCACCAGAGGACCUUCAUCCUGGAAGUGAUGGGCAGACACUGUGGGUACCUGGCCCUGGUGACGGCUCUGUCCUGCGGUGCAGACUGGGUGUUCAUUCCAGAGAUGCCACCAGAUGAUGAUUGGGAGAACCACCUGUGUAGGAGGCUGGCAGACCAAAGGGCCAGAGGUUCUCGUCUGAAUGUUAUCAUCGUGGCCGAGGGUGCGAUGGACAGAGAUGGCAAGCCGAUUUCAUCUGAACAGAUCAAGAAGCUGGUGACUGACAGGCUCGGCUUUGAUACCCGCACCACUGUUCUUGGACACGUGCAGCGAGGAGGAACACCAUCGGCCUUCGACAGAAUCCUGGGCAGCAGGAUGGGUGUGGAGGCGGUGAUGGCGCUGCUCGAGGCCACCCCAGACACUCCUGCCUGUGUCGUCAGCCUGUCGGGGAACCAGGCAGUCAGACUGCCGCUCAUGGAGUGUGUGCAAGUGACCAAAGAUGUGACUGCUGCCAUGGCUGAGGGCAGAUUUGAGGAUGCCAUCAAGCUCAGAGGAAAGAGUUUUGAAAACAACUGGAAAACAUACAAGCAGCUCGCUCACAUCAACCCCCCAGAUGCUAAGAGCAACAUCAACGUGGCCAUCAUGAACAUCGGUGCUCCCUGCGCUGGUAUGAACGCUGCCGUCCGUUCAGCAGUCAGGAUGGGCAUCAUCCAGGGCCACACCAUGUUGGCUGUCCAUGACGGCUUUGACGGGCUAGCUCACGGACAGAUUGAACCCAUCACCUGGACUUCAGUGACUGGCUGGACUGGAAAAGGAGGCUCAAUGUUGGGCACAAAGAGAACUCUGCCUGGUAAAAUAUUGGAGGAAAUCAGCCAGAAUAUUGCCAAAUUCAACAUCCACGCUUUGGUGAUCAUCGGUGGAUUUGAGGCCUAUUUGGGCGGCCUGGAGCUGGUUCAGGCCAGAGAGAAAUACGAGGAGAUGUGCAUUCCCAUGGUGGUUAUCCCCGCCACCGUCUCCAACAACGUCCCCGGCUCUGACUUCAGCAUUGGCGCCGACACCGCCCUCAACACCAUCACCGCUACUUGCGACAGAAUCAAGCAGUCUGCAGCAGGGACCAAGCGCCGCGUGUUCAUCGUUGAGACGAUGGGCGGAUACUGCGGCUACUUGGCCACCAUGGCUGGUCUGGCUGCUGGGGCUGAUGCUGCCUACAUCUACGAGGAGAAAUUCAGCAUUAAAGACCUGGAGUUGAACGUAGAGCAUCUCCUGGAGAAGAUGAAGACAACAGUGAAGAGAGGUUUGAUUCUCAGGAAUGAGAACUCAAAUGCCAACUACACCACUGACUUCAUCUUCAACCUGUACUCAGAGGAGGGCAAAGGCAUCUUCGACUGCCGUAAGAAUGUCCUCGGACACAUGCAGCAGGGGGGCACUCCAACACCCUUUGACAGAAACUUUGGCACAAAGAUGGGUGCCAAGAGUGUUCUGUGGCUCACUGAGAAACUCAGGGACUGUUACAGGCACGGUCGUAUCUUCGCCAACACGCCAGACUCUGCCUGUGUGCUGGGCAUGAGGAAGAGGUCGCUCACCUUCCAGCCUCUUUCUGACCUGAAGGCAGACACAGAUCUUGAGCACCGCAUCCCUAAGACACAGUGGUGGCUGAAGAUUAGGCCCAUUAUGAAGAUCCUGGCCAAGUACGACAUCAAACUAGACACAUCCGAACACACCGACAUGGAGCAUGUGAUUCAGAAGAGGAGUCCUCUCGGAAAAUAG